GGCCGCUGGGCUCAGCGGCGGACCUGAGACGUGGGGGCGCUAGGCGCGCGGAGCCAGAGCCGGACCAGCAGCCGCAACGGCAGCCGGGGGACCGCAGGGCCCGGGUCGGGGUAAGCGCAGCUCGCGCGUGAGCGCCACCCGGAGUCCCGCGCGCAACUUCCAGGGCGCACUCGGCGGGCGGGGGCGGCGCUGCCGGGACCCGGCGCUGGGCAGCAUGGAGGCCACGGAGAAGCAGCACCUGUUGGACGCCAGGCCCGCAGUCCGGACAUACACGGGAUCUCUGUGGCAGGACGGGGCUGGCUGGAUCCCUCUGCCCCGACCUGACCUGGACUUGCAGGCCAUUGAGCUGGCUGUGGAGAGCAAUCAUUACUGCCAUGCUCAGAAGGGUCCUAGCAGUGACUGUGACUCCAACAAGGGGCAGGCCCGGCGCCAGCUCUAUGUAGCCUCUGCCAUCUGCCUGGUGUUCAUGAUCGGAGAAGUCAUAGGUGGGUACCUGGCACACAGCUUGGCUGUCAUGACCGACGCAGCGCACCUGCUCACCGACUUUGCCAGCAUGCUCAUCAGCCUCUUCUCCCUCUGGGUGUCCUCCCGGCCAGCCACCAAGACCAUGAACUUUGGCUGGCAGAGAGCUGAGAUCCUGGGAGCCCUGCUCUCUGUGCUGUCCAUCUGGGUGGUGACCGGGGUACUGGUGUACCUGGCUGUGGAGCGGCUGAUCUCUGGGAACUAUGAGAUUAACGGGGGGACCAUGCUGAUCACGUCGGGCUGCGCUGUGGCUGUGAACAUCAUAAUGGGGUUGACCCUUCACCAGUCUGGCCACGGGCACAGCCACAACACCAGCCAGCAGCAAGAGAACCCCAGCGUCCGAGCUGCCUUCAUCCAUGUGAUUGGGGACUUUCUGCAGAGUGUGGGCGUCCUAGUAGCAGCCUAUAUUUUGUACUUCAAGCCAGAAUACAAGUAUAUAGACCCCAUCUGCACCUUCUUCUUCUCCAUCCUGGUACUGGGGACAACCUUGACCAUCCUGAGAGAUGUGAUCGUGGUGUUGAUGGAAGGGACCCCCAAGGGCAUGGACUUCACAGCUGUUCGGGAUCUGCUGAUGUCAGUGGAGGGGGUGGAAGCCCUGCACAGCCUGCAUAUCUGGGCCCUGACCGUGGCCCAGCCUGUUCUGUCUGUCCACAUCGCCAUUGCUCAGAGUACAGACGCCCAGGCCGUGCUAAAGACAGCCAGUAGCCGCCUCCAGGGGAAGUUCCACUUCCACACCGUGACCAUCCAGAUCGAGGACUACUCAGAGGACAUGAAGGACUGUCAGGCAUGCCAGGGUCCCUCGGACUGACUGCCUGGCCAGCUGCCAACUGGGGCAUGGACAGGACCUGCAGGUGGCUGGACUGAGUGUCCCCCAGGCCCAGCCAGGACUUUGCCUACCCCAGCAGUGGUAUAAACCGGGCACCCCCUCCUGA